AUGUUUCUGAAACUGCUGAAAAAAGAGGAAGAUUCCUGUGAGGUCACUCUGGAUCCAAACACAGCGCACAGUUCUCUCUCUCUGUCUGACGGGAACAGAAAGGUGGUGAAUGUGGGAUCUUCACAGUCGUAUCCUGAUCAUCCAGAGAGAUUUGAUCAGUGUUAUCAGGUUCUGUGUAGAGAGAGUCUGACUGGACGCUGUUACUGGGAGGCUGAGUGGAGCGGAGGUGUUGAAAUAGCAGUAACAUAUAAAUCAAUCAGCAGGAAAGGAGACAGUGAUGACUGUGAGUUUGGAGGGAAUGUAAAGUCCUGGAUUCUGAUCUGCUCUAAUAACAGAUACUCUGUCUGUCACAAUAAUAUCAGCACUGAUCUCUCUGCUCGUCCCUCCAGCUCUGGGACAGUAGGAGUGUAUCUGGACUGUCCGGCCGGCUCUCUGUCCUUCUACAGCGUCUCCACUGAUAAACUGACCCAUCUACACACUUUCAACACCACAUUCACUGAACCUCUAUACGCUGGGUUUGGGGUUUGGGGUUACGGCUCAGUGUGUUUAAAAUAAAAUAACAAUGUGUCUGAGAACAGGUUAC